UUCACUGUACGGGCGGAAUGAGCGAAAAUAAUCACCAUGCGACAACAGACACAGAUAUCACCCAGGAAACUGAAGGGGAGAGAACAGUCCAUAUUCGAGCUAGGAAGCGUGGGCGACCGCAAAAGGCCAUAGGAGCGUCGCUGGAAAAAGACAAAAAGGAGAAACGACGUGCACAAAUUCGUCUGGCACAACGAGCUUAUCGAUCCCGUAAAGAUGCAGAUACAGAGUCUCUGAAUCAACGUGUUGCGCAGCUGGAAACUGCAGCACAGACGAUAAGCGAAGCGGUGAUCACACUCAGCGAUAUCCUGCUAGAAUCUGGAGUUCUCACCUCACACCCCAAACUUGCCGAGCAUCUGGGCGAGACUGUACAUAUAUGUCUCGCUUUGACGAAAGAUACUAGCGAUGAGCAUAAUCAGGAGACUCCCAGAGAAUCGCAGCUCCCAUCUCCCGCAGACGUCUCGCUCGCUUUAUUGGAUCCAUCACCGUUCCAUUUAAGCUACUAUCCUAGCUCCCUAUUCAUGUUCAAGCCAGGUGACGUCGCGGUGAUGGAAGUGCCACAGUUUAUAGAGCAACUCAGAAUUGCCUGUCUCUAUGAAGGAUCGUUGAUGCUCAACAAUCCUUCUAUCCCUCCAGAGGCUUUACGAAGACCAUUUCGACUGCUUUUGUCCCUCUUUACCAGGGAGACCAUCACAUCCAUCUUCAAUAAUGCCUUGCAAGCUCGACUGCAUAGGAAACUGCCUACAAAUUUCAAACAAGUUCCAUUUGUUCACCCCAGUGCUGCAGGAGAUAGUAAUCCUCAAACCCCAGGCCCAGGCCAAGCACCAGAUCGUCGGCCCAUAGACUUUCACCCACAGUCUGGAGGCCAUGGUCUCCUGUCCGACUUCUCCGCACAAACUCAGAAAGAGCUCGAUGGAGAUUGGUUGGAUGUCCAGGAUUUGGAGAGACACUUGCUUGAAAGGGAUGUGCGUCUCUGUGUGAUACCCCCAAAGGACAGCGUGAAGUCUUCAUCCAAGUUAGUGGUCAACGUCAAAGCGUUGAUAGUAGCACUGGUAAACAAGGGAAUGUGCCUCGGCCAUAGUCCUGGCUUUCGACGCAGUGACGUGGAAGAGGCUCUUAACUCGUCGACCUGGAGAAACGCUUAG